AUGAGGGUACAUUUUCCUACAAACAAUAGCAGAAGACCCAUUUCUAUCUCAAAUAUAAACCAUGCAACAGCUUUCUAAAAUCCUUCGACGGAUUUUUAACUUUAAUUAAGAUCUAACCUUCCUGCAAGUAAUCAAGAAUAAGAGCCACAAUCCGCUCUUUCAAAAAUGUUUGGAAAGAUUAUUGUAGCUAAGUUAGUAGAUAUCAGCGAGUAUAUAGUCAAGUUUCAUGGACUGAGAUUCAUUCGAGUUCUAGUUUAUCAUUUUUUAUUCUUUUACAUUGGUAUGCUUGUGGUACCACUAAUUGUACUUUUUGACAGCGUCUAAUUAGCCAAUAACUUCUAAUUCUUUGUGCAAUCAGGCAAUAAAAGAGUUUUUAUAUUUUAAAGCGUCCAGUUUAUCUUUCAUUUGAUACAUACAUUGCUAAUUGCCAACUAUUAUUUCAAGUUUGCACCGUUUAAAACUGAAUUAAAAAAUAUUUUCCCAGAAUAGUAUCUAUUUAUGACUGUUUAAAUAUUGAUAAGAUGCUUUUUAAUUAGCGUUAGACAUGGUUAUAGCUCAGAAAUGAGAUAUAAGUUAAUGACAUAAAGUCCUUAAAGUAAAUAGUAUAUCAGCAAAGAUUUGUUAUUAAUAAAUUGGUUCUUCCUUACUCCAGAUUGCAUUGAAGAUGAGAUCCAAUCAGUGUUUUGGAGAAAACAGAUAGAAGAGAGAGAAUUUAAGUUUGAAUUUUUUGAAAAAAUAUCUGAUUAAGAUAUGAAAGAUAGGCUCUCUGAUGAUAACUAUUUUUAGAAGAAUAAGUCUAAGUUCACCUAAAAGGAAUACUCAAGGAGACUAUCAACUAACAUAAGUCUCCUAAAGUAGAAAUAAAGAGAAUUGGGGAGUCUUGAUCCUAGUAAAAAUAUUGGUGAAUUAUUCUCCAUUCAUAUGUUACCUGGAGAUAAUGAACCUAAUGAAUAAUUUAAUGGGAGAAAUCUAAUCAAAGAAAUCAUGAUUUUUUCAAGGGCUAAUUAGUUACGUGUUUAACCUAUUGCCAUGCUUUGGUCUAUGUUAAAGCUCAAACUAUUCUUUUAUUAUGUCGGGAUUUGUUGA